AUGAAACCAACCGACAAAUGCAUUCGUAUACGUGAUACAAAUAAAGGCAAAAUAGACGUAGAGAAUGUUAUAAAAAGCAUUGAAGAUAAGUUCAAGAUAGACUUUAAAACACUACCCAAAUGGAAAUGCCUUAUCGAGAAAUUGUAUAUCGUACCAAACUACCGGGAACGAAAAAUUGAAGAGGCCAAUCUAAGAAAACUUCUUAUCAUACAAAAGCUUUGUAUAGAGAAUUCAAGGCUAACACCAUUUGAAUUAACCGAUAUACUUAUAAGAACAGUCCAUAUUUGGCAGAAGUCGCGGUGGAUGAAUCAACAAAAACAACAUAAAACAAAUAGUUUACAAAAUAUUGAGGGGCCCUUGCCAUCUAUCCAAAAUUCUGUGAAAACAGCGGACUUUAUAGACACAUCAUUUUCAGGAUUGGAAGAAACGGCAGAAGAAGACGUAAUUUUAGAAGAUAAUGGAAAUAAAGAAAAUGAACCGAAUAAUGAACAACAGAAAGAAAGUGAUUCAAAAUAUAGUGAACUAAGUUAUCAUUCCUUACGUUCGGGUGAUGUUCAUGCAUCAGCCGUGUCUAAUGCAACGGUAUGUCAUUCAAUGAAUUUUAAAUUAAUUGAAUGUUGCCCAAAAGAAUUAGUUAUUUCCAAUAAGUCACCAAUGAAGCAGACGAUAAAAUUUUCAUUGAAAAAUACUUCUUUAGAUUGUGUAUUCGCAAGAUUCAAAAAUGUAACAAAUCACAAUUUUUUCAAGAAAGCUAACGUAUUACCCUAUCUUUCUGUAAAAUUGUAUCCUGGUUUAUCAAUGGGAUUUAAAUUUAUUUUUAAUUUAAAGCAAACCGAAUAUGAUUUCUUAACAAGUUUAACUUUCUUAAUGCAAUAUAAAGAUGGCAAUGAAAAUUUCUUAUCCGAAUACUGCGUUAAUAUUUCAACGCAAUUUAAGAAACCGAGGUGUACAAAGGUGUCUGAAAUUGUUCAUAUACCACCAGUCUAUUCCUGGCAUUUAAAUCCACAAUUUGGACAUCCCUGUGGUAUUUUAACAGUUGAAAGCAGAGACGAACAUGAAUAUGAUAUAAGAAUCGUUAAACAUAAAAAAGAUUUAUCAGAAAUUGAAUCGUGCAACUCAAACAAUGCUACUAUGCAAACUACCACCAGUGAUUCAGUAAACGAAAUUAGUACAAGCUUCAUACAAAAACCUUCAACAAUUAAUGAAGUUGAGAACAAUAUUAUAGAUAACUUUAUGUUGUCUUUAGUGAAAAACGUUAUAGAAGCUGCUUUAGAUACGUUUGUAUUUGAUGUAACAAGCCUACAUUUAUCGAUGAAUUCGAAACGAAAAACAUCAGUGUAUUUAAGUAAAUGUGAAUACAUUGGCUAUCAUCAAAGUUACUUCGAUGUGGAAUUUCGUAAUGUGGACACUUAUGAAUUAAUCGAAACCAAAACUACUAGAAUAUUUGCUGAAAUUUUACCUCAUCCAAUAGAAAUUCACCCAACAAUAUUCGACAUGAGCAAUGCACCAGUGGUACAUGGAGUAUGUGUCGAUCAUUUUAUAAUAUGCAAUACACAUAAAAUUUUCUCUUCGACAAUAAAAAUAGACGUUUCUAAUAUAACGAAGAAAUUAAUUACAAUAAAACCUAUGGCUGUGUGUAUUCAGCCAGAAACAAGUGUGAAAUUUCAAAUAAGAACAUGUCCCUCCAAGCAACCAUUUGACAAUGAACCAAAAGUGAUGAUUCAUUUUACGGUUAAAAUUAUUGCAACUGGAGUGAAAUCGAUAUAUAAUAAUAUAUCACCUAUUUUUUACGAAAUAAUUGCUCCUUGCGCUUUAGGAUUUUGUGAAAUGUAUGACUUACUUCCGCAUCAGCAAAGAAUCUGA